AUGGAUCCCCAGCAAUUUGAGAAGAUGUUUUCUCAAGCCGAUUCUAUCAUGGGCCCAUUCGCAGAAGAGCUCCUCCGGAGGGCGAACUUCCCACCCGAGGGUAAUUCCCGCCUCAUUGUCCUUGAUCAGGCGUGCGGGAGCGGCGUCGUUUCCUCUCACCUCAUGUCACGGCUCUCCGCAGAAAACAAGUCCAGACUUGACCUCACAUGCGCUGAUAUCUCAGACGCCAUGAUCUCAAAUGUAUCAAGGCGUGUCGAGGUCUCUGGCUGGAACAAUGUGUCUGUAACAAAAGCGGAUGCCAUGGAUACAAAGUUUCCCUCUUCGCACUUUACGCAUAUAUUCUUCAACUUCGGGCCUCAAAUCCUACCCAUUCCUCUUGCUGGCAUUAAGGAGUGCCACCGCAUUUUACAGCCAGGUGGAACUCUGAGCUGCAGUACCUGGCAAGAAGUUCCGUGGUUCGCAGACUACCGUGCAGGUAUCGCGAGGGAUCCGGUUUUGCCCCCCUUCCCAUCGGACGAAGCUCUUCGACACGCGUUCUCUGAGGCACCAGAACGUUGGGACAGUAUUGCUGACGUCAAGUCACAUCUGAAAGAAUAUGGCUUUUGCGACGUCGAAGCUCAAGUGGCGGAGAACACUACGACCAUGACCGUCGCAGAGGUCGAAGCCAUGCUGCCAUACUCCCUGGUCAUGAUGAUUGAGAAGUUUUGGAAGAACCAAGGUUCUUUGAAGACAGAGGAGGAGUUUGGACAGGCCAAGGAGAGUGCACGACGGAGCGUCCUGGAUUACAUGAAGGAAAAGUAUCGGUCUGGCCCGGUUGUGUGGAAGUGGGUGGGCAUCGUUGCCAAGGGUCGGAAAGGCUGA